AUGGGAUUUGUUGAGAAACAUGGAUCGAAAUGUGUCUCUAGAGAGAUCGACUUAUGUGUGGGAGGUGUUAUGGUUGCUGACUUAAUUUACAAAUCUCGUGUGGUUAGUAUAGAUGACAAGAGGUUGCUUGUAGACUUGACUGUUUUAGAUAUGCGGGACUUUGACAUAAUUCUUGGAAUGGAUUGGUUGGCAACCAAUUAUGCUUCUGUUGAUUACCGAGGAAAAAGGGUAGUGUUUCAGAUUCCUGAUCAACCAGAAUUUUGCUUUGUGGGUAGUAGAGUUAACACUCCUCCUCUAGUAAUCUCAGCUCUGCAAGCUAGACAGUUGUUAAGGAAUGGUUGCGAGGGCUAUUUAGCUUCUGUGAGAGAUACCCAUGAGACUAAAUUGAAGUUAGAUGAUAUUCUAGUUGUGAAAGAAUUUCUCGACGUUUUUCCGGAAGAGUUACCGGGGUUGCCACCAGAUAGAGAGAUUGAGUUUGCUAUCGAAUUGAUACCUAGUACGGGUCCUAUCUCCAAGGCUCCAUAUCGGAUGGCCCCAGCAGAGUUGAAAGAGUUGAAGGAACUGUUACAAGAGUUACUAGAUAAAGGCUUUAUUAGGCCUAAUCAGUUUGUGGUAGUUUUUAUUGAUGGCAUUCUUGUGUACUCGAAGAGUAAAGAGCAGCAUGAAGAACAUCUGAGAAUAGUGUUGCAGAUAUUAAAGGAGAAUAAAUUAUUUGCUAAAUUAAAUAAGUGUGAAUUUUGGCUAGAGAGUGUAUCAUUUUUAGGUCAUGUGAUAUCUAAUGACGGGGUGUCUGUUGACCCCAAGAAAGUAGAGGCUGUGGUAGAGUGGAAUAGGCCUACUAGUGUCACUGAAAUUCAUAGCUUCUUGGGUUUAGCAGGAUAUUAUAGAAGAAUUAAAGCUGCUCAUGGAAGAGACCCUCAGUUGCAAAAACUUGAGGAUGAAAUGAAAAUAGGGUUACAGAUGGAAUUUUGUAUGCAUGAAGAUGGAACCUUGAGAUUUAGAGAGAGGUUGUGUGUACCUAAUGAUUUAGAGCUCAAGAGAGAAAUCCUAAGAGAAGCUCAUACCUCGAGAUGGCACCAUAUGAGGCUUUAUAUGGAUGGAAGCGUAGAUCACCGAUUGUGGGAUGAUGUGGGCGAAAAGAAGUUGUUAGGGCCUGAGAUUGUGCGACAAACAGUGGACAAGAUCAAUCUUAUUAGAGAGCGACUUCGCACUGCACAGAAUAGACAAAAAAGUUAUGCAGAUAACAGGAGACGCGAUUUGGUGUUUGGGGUUAGAGACCAUGUGUUCUUUAAGGUGUCUCCUAUGAAAGGAGUAAUAAGGUUUGGUGUUCGUGGUAAACUGAGUCCUAGAUUUGUUGGACUAUUUGAGGUUUUAGAUCGAAUUGGAGAGGUAGCUUACAGACUUGCUCUACCACCUUCACUAGCUGGAGUUCAUAAUGUUUUUCAUGUCUCAAUGUUAAGGAAGUAUAUACCAAAUCCUAGUCAUGUGAUUGAUCAUGCACUGUUGCAGUUUAAGAAGGAUUUGACCUAUGAGGAACGCCCUAUACAAAUUGUUGAUCAGAAGGAACAGGUUUUGAGGCGUCGAGUCAUCCGCUAUGUUAAGGUUCAAUGGAGCAAUCACUCAGAAAGAGAAGCAACUUGGGAACUCGAGGAUGAAAUGAGAUAA